UUGAGAUGUGUUAGUAUCUCUGGAGAUAUUUCAAUUAAAGUAAAAGUUAAUAGAUUUUUCAAAUUGAUGAGAUGGGUUAGUGAGGACGAAAAAAAAUAUAUCAAACUAAUAAAGUCAUAUCCAGAAGUUAUUGCCGCACUUAUCAUGUCUAGAAGAGUUGGAUUAAAAUUAAUAUGGGAGAAUGAGUAAUGUCCAUCGUCUCACACUACCCUUGCGGGUUUCAAAAAAAACAAACAAACAUACACACAUAGUUUUCUUUUACACAAUGAAUAUCAAAAGUAACCGUUAAAAAAUUUUUAGUCUACUUUUACUUUAGUGAAUAGAAUUUAAAGGCUUCAUAAAGCAGUUUAUACAGAUUCAUAAAUUUAUUAU